GUCAAGGGACAUAUCGUCAUAUGAACUUAUAAAAGAAAUAGGCAGUGGACAUUAUGGAAAAGCUCUUUUAGUUAGAGAUAAAAAUUCUCAAAGAGAAUUCGUAUUAAAAGAGAUUCCAUUAGAAAUCUAUGAGAAUCAUGAUAUAUUGAAAAAUGAACAUUUAAUACACAGUAGUUUAAAUAACAAGUUUAUUGUUAAAUAUUAUGGAUUCAUGGUGACUGAAGAUUUUGUUUAUAUUAUACUCGAAUAUGCCCAAAGAGGUGAUCUUUUGGAUCAUGUCUUGAAUCAUGGAGCAUUUGAUGAAGUUACUACUGCAAAGAUCAUUUCACAAUUAGUGUGUGGGAUCAAUUAUAUGCAUCAACUAAAUAUUGUUCAUAGAGAUAUAAAACCAGAGAAUAUCUUACUUUUUGAUGAUGGCCUUGUUAAAAUUUGUGAUUUCGGCCUUUGUGGAAUAUUACCGAAGGAUAACAAAAAAUUAAAAGGGGCAGGAGUCGGUACGCUUGUCUAUAGAUCCCCGGAACUUGUAUUAAGUUUACCUCAUAAUGAAAAGACCGAUAUAUGGAGCAUAGGAGUAUUGGCAUAUAUACUACUUACAAACGAAUCACCUUUUGAGGAUAAUGAAGAAUUUGAAAUUACUAACAGAAUCCUCAAGGCCGAUUACACUUUACUCGAUGAUAAUUUUUCCCCUGAAGCUCAAGAUUUUAUUUAUUCGUGUAUACAAGUGAAUCCAAUGCAUCGACCUUCUACUCAAGAAUUAUUAAAUCAUCCUUGGAUUUCAUAA